AUGGGUUCGGCCGAGAAGAUGCGGGCUGCAGUCGUCAGCAACCGCAGCUGGGAUCUCCAGUUCCACUUGGAGAAGGUCGAAGUCAUUGACGUGGACAUUCCAACCCCGGGCCACGGGGAAGUGCUGGUGAAAGUCUUCGCUUCAAACAUCAACCCUGUUGAUCACAAGAUCGUCGGCAUGGCUGGCUGGAGCUGGAGCUAUCCCCACAAGCUGGGCUACGACGUGGCGGGUGUCGUUCAAGCCCUGGGCGCUGGCUGCGAGCGUCUCAAGCCGGGCGACGAAGUCUGGGGCGAG